UCCUACACUGAAUUAAUGACAGCUUUAGAAGCAGUUCUGCAGAAGCUUCUAGUGAAAAUGAAUAUUUUACAAGUCCUGGGCGUCCUACAGCUGCUGGCUGUACCUGCCUUCACUCUUACACAGCCAAGCCAUGACUACUGGGGAGAGUUUACAGCCUAUGGGCCCUGCAGCCGCACCUGUGGCACAGGCGUGUCACUGAGAACCAGGAAAUGUAUCACCUCCAGGACGGAUGGAGGGCAUAACUGCCUAGGAUCCUCUAAGUCCUUCCAAACCUGCAACACACAGGCAUGUCCAGUUGGAUCCAUGGACUUCAGGCAGGAGCAGUGCGCCCAGUUUGACAGAACGGACUUUCAGAGCAAACACCAUACAUGGGUGCCUUAUUAUGGAGCGGCCAAUCCAUGUGAGCUGAGCUGUGUACCAAGAGGAGAGAACUUCUUCUACAGACACAGACCUGCAGUGGUUGAUGGGACACCGUGCUAUGUGGGCCGCACUGAUAUCUGUGUGGACGGUGUCUGCAGGAUGCUGGUCCAUAGAGAGUUUAUGGGCUUGGAUGAAGACACUAAUUCUGUUCACUCUGCUGACAUUGUUGCUCCUCGCACAAGGGAGACCCUCACAUACCACUACAAAACCGGUGUCUAUGGCCAGUGCUCUGCCUCUUGCAAUGGAGGCAUGCAGUAUCGCAGUGUGGAGUGCUGGGUUCAGGACACAGCAAACCCCCGUGUGGUGGAGGAGUCUUACUGCAUCACCCAGCGCCUGCAGAGGCCACAGAGCCAGCAGGCCUGCAACAUGCAUCCCUGUGCGGAGUACAGCGUCUCCAGCUUCAGCGUGUGCUCGGUGACUUGUGGGGAAGGCCAGCAGACAAGGGAGGUGUUCUGUGUGGGGCCAGGAGGUGAACGUCUGGCUGAUCCUGCCUGCAACGGACUGGCAAAACCCCCUACUGUCCAAGCCUGUCGCAGACCUGCCUGUUACACACACAUCACCUGGCAUGUGGCUGACUACAGCCUGUGCACCAGAAGCUGUGGUGGUGGUGUGCGGGAGAGGAGAGUGGGCUGUUUUGAUACAGAUUUAACCCCCUACCCAGAAGCCCGGUGUGGAACAGCUAGCAGACCCAUCUCUGUGGAAACAUGCAACUCACAGCCAUGCCACGCAGCACAAAUGGUCCCAAGUGUACAGGACCCAAGGGCACAUGAAAGCACCAUAAGAGGAUUUGUGCCCCAUGUUCCAGAAGACCCUUCAGCUUCCAGGCCACAAACAAACAUUGUCUACCCUCCUGUGACUGGUCCUCAAUGUGCACAGUCACGCUAUGGCUGCUGUCCUGACGGCCAUACCUCCGCCGCAGGGACCAGGAAUGAGGGCUGCUUCCUAAAUGACUGUAUUCAAAGCAGAUUUGGCUGUUGUUUGGAUGGAGUGACUCCAGCUCAAGGAUUUGGAAGGGCUGGAUGUCCUGAGUACCGGACAGCCGUGCAACACACACCACCUGCUGCUGCCCCUCCAGCCAGUGGCAAUGUGUGCUCCAUGCCUCGCGAUGAGGGCUCCUGCGACAGAUGGGAGGUCCGCUUCUUCUAUGACUCUGGCACUGGCAAAUGUACAGAGUUCUGGUAUGGAAGCUGCCAGGGCAAUGCCAAUAACUUUUUGUCCCUGGGAGCAUGCCAGAGAGAGUGUGGUGGUGUAGUGAUGAGGGAUCCCCCAACUGCAUCUCGCAGAGGGACCCCAAGGAGAGGAUCACCCAGCGGUGCCUUGAUAGCAAGGGCAUACUCAUCCACACAAUUAAUACCUCAUAAUCAGCGCCGUCAACACAGGGUUAAUCGCAUAAGAUGAAUUUACAAAUGAUUCACACAAACAUGUAUUGUAAACUUACUCCAUAUCAAGUUUUAUUUUAACAUCAGAGUUUGGAUUAGAAAUGAUUAAAAUCACAUUAUAACUGACAAAAUCCCAGCUCAGGGUUUCUGAUUUUGUUUACUGUCUGAUCUUUGGUAUUUUGUUUGUGAUGCUCCUAUUCAUUUAUAUAUUUAGCCUUUUAGAUCAUAUACAAUUGAAUGAUGUCAAUGUGAUAACCCAAGACAAACCAUUAAUAAAUGUCAACUACCAGGAUAUAAAACCCAA